ACAGCAAGUGCCAUCCCCAAGCUCGCUCUCCCUUAUUUUGCAUAGAAAAUAAACAAAAAGCUCUGCGGAAAUUAUGUUUUCACAAUAAAAUCCAACACAUUUGUGCUGGCGCAAGUGUGUGCUGGAAAGUCCCAUCAAAAAUAAACCCGAAAACGUCGUGAAAUAUAAGUUAUUUCUAUUGCGCAUUCCACGGAAGCAACAAUACCACCAGAGGCAGCAGCAGCAGCAACAACAACAGCGAGAACAGCAUAGCAAAGUUCACUGUUGCUUGCCCCGGAGAGCUGGCUUUGGCGAUGGCCACGGCACCGCGAUCCCUGGACACCAUCUCCCUCUGCUCGACCGUCUCCAGCUGCCCGGACCGAAAUGGCUUCUAUGGCGGAUUCCAGCGUACCGACAAGCCCAAGGAACCGCUGUCCAAGGCACAGAUCAUCGCGCGGGAGAAGAAGUGGCUCUACAUGAUCGAAAACUGGUCCAUUUACAUGUCAAAAAACUACAAAAAGAUCCGAGAUCGCUGUCGCAAGGGUAUUCCCAAGUCGGUGCGGCCCAAGGCCUGGUUCUAUUUAUCGGGGGCGUAUCUGCUGAAGAAAAAGAACCCAAAUGUAUACCAUGAGCUGCUGGAAAAGCCUGGAAACCCGUCGACCAUUGAAGAAAUCAAGAAAGACAAACAUCGCCAGUUUCCGUUCCACGAAAUGUUUCUCGACGAGGAGAAGGUCGGACAGAUCGAACUCUUUAAUGUGCUAAAGGCUUACUCGAUAUACAAUCCCAAAGUGGGAUUCUGCCAGGCGCAGGCACCGAUAGCCGCUUUCCUAUUGAUGCACCUGCCCGCGGAAGACGCCUUCUGGGUUUUCGUCAGCGUGUGCGAUGUUUAUCUGCAGGACUAUUUCAUACCCGGCUUGGAGGUCAUCCAGAACGAUGCAGGCAUCAUGGAGGGCCUGCUGAAGAAGACGUGCCCACCCGUUUACCGGCACUUGCAAAAGCACAAAGUGGAACCGCUGCUCUACAUGACCGACUGGUUCCUGUGUGCCAUGACGCGCACUCUGCCCUGGGAGACGCUGUUGCGCGUGUGGGACUGUUUCCUAGCCGAAGGAAUCCGAGUUAUCUUCAAGGUGGCUCUGGUCAUUAUCGGAGCUUCGCUCAGCCGGCACAAGGUGCGAAAAACGUGCACUGGCCUCUGCGAGACGUUAGCCGUACUGCGGUCUCCCGAAGAGCACAUCGUUGAGGAGGAGUUCAUCAUUAACAAUAUGAUGCGACUGAACCUGCGCGUCGAGGACUUCCAGAUCGAGCACACACGCCAAAAAGCUCGACGGGCCAAACAGAAGGCGCAGCAGGAGGCUGAGUCCAGUGGUUCCAACAACGGUCAUCGACGCAACAUGCCAACGCUGUGAGGGAUCCCAACUACUACUACUUCAACAAAUUGUUACUAAACACACAAACAACACACACCAUGCAUGGUUGCAUAAGAUUUGUACGUUUAAAGUCGAAUAGGAGGCAGGUCGAGCACAAAGUGGACGGGAGAGGAGUGACCGCGAGCUGGUUCAGUCAGUUGGUCAGUCAAUUACGGAGACAUCAUUCCAUGCAAUCAGUUUGCCUAAUUUUAAGACAACUCUUUUGUUGAGCACAUUCGGGCUGGACUUGUAUCGGUAUUUGUUUUCGUAUUAUUCAUUUAGUGGCAAUUAUUACGAGCGUGCAAUUUGUUUAUGCUUUUCAAAAGUAUUUAUUACAUAUUUAUUAUUAUCGUGUAACAUUAAAAACUUUAGCGUUAGCGUUGAGUUGAGGACCCCGAACAUAUCGUAUGAUUAUCAUCACCACCCCAAGGCAGCUGACACAAGGACUGGAGGAUUUUAUAGUUUGAAAUUUGUACUACUUUAUCCGUAUUCACUCUGAGACGAAAAUGUUGAUAUUUACCUACGAUAAUGCGUUACGAACGACUUCUGUUGUGCCCCCGAGCCUAAAAAGUUUGGAGACCCGUUUUGUGACUGGUUUUUAGGCAGAAAAUAAUAGUAAACUUUAAUACUAAUAAAACAAAAUAUACCGAAAUAUUAACAAAAAA